AUGGAGUGGAAGGCUGAAUGGUGGCUAUCUCAACCUGCUCGUCGUACCGACAUCUCUGAAAGUCUCCGACACUCCCUCGACGCCUCCGCCUGUAAGCAAGCAUCGAUACUCCGUCGGCAAGUGCGCGGUUUUGCGGCGAAGUGGGUCCCAGUGCUCCUCAAACACAACCUCGGCAGCGACUGGGUAGGACCAUACAUCAAGUACGGCAAACCGCGUAAACGCAAGCUUGCUCAGGACAGGCUGCGGCUCAGCCUGGCUCAAGGUGCUGACGCCGGCGCCGUUGCUGCCGCCGUCGAACCCGGUCCCGCAACGGCCACUAUUGCGGAAGCUGGUCCCGCCGACUUUGGACCUGCCGCUGUCGCUGCGGACGUCAACAAUGUUCCGAACUCAGCUCGCGAUGCCGCAGUCACUGACGACGCAGAUUCUCGUCUUGUCUCAUCCUCGCCAGCUUUGGUUUCCCAACACGAUUUCGAUUCCUUUGAGGACGACAUCGACGACGACAACGUGGCCGAUCCGGAGCAGCUUCUGCAAGAUGCAUGGGAGGGAUACUUAGACGACUAG